AUGAGCUCGGAGCCAGAACACAAGAAGAAGCUUCUCGAUGCUUCCGGUGCUGAGAAGAAAGAGGAGCUUGAUACCUCGACAGCUAUUCUGAAGAAGAAGAAGAAGAUUAACUCGUUGAUGGUCACCGAUGCCGUCAACGAUGAUAACUCCAUCAUUUCCCUCUCCAACAACACUAUGGACGCGCUCCAGCUCUUCAGAGGUGAUACAGUCCUGGUUAGAGGCAAGAAGCGCAAGGAAACCGCUUUGAUUGUGUUGGCAGAUGAUGAUCUCGAUGAUGGAAGCGCCCGCAUCAACAGGGUCGUUAGGCACAACCUCCGUGUCAAGCACGGAGAUAUGAUCACCGUUCACGCUUGCCCUGAUAUCAAAUAUGCCAAGCGUAUUGCCGUCCUCCCCAUUGCAGACACCGUCGAAGGCCUUACUGGAUCUCUCUUCGAUGUCUAUCUUGCUCCUUACUUCCGUGAUGGAUACCGGCCUGUGAAGCAGGGAGAUCUCUUCACAGUACGAGGUGGUAUGAGACAGGUCGAGUUCAAGGUUGUGGAGGUGGACCCCCCAGAGUACGGUAUUGUCGCCCCAGACACCAUUAUCCACAGCGAGGGUGAGCCCAUCCAGCGAGAGGAUGAGGAGGGUAACCUCAACGAAGUUGGCUAUGACGACAUCGGUGGGUGCAGGAAGCAGAUGGCUCAGAUCCGUGAAUUGGUCGAGUUGCCCCUUCGUCACCCCCAGCUUUUCAAGUCGAUCGGUAUCAAGCCUCCUCGUGGUAUUCUCAUGUACGGCCCUCCCGGUACCGGUAAGACUCUGAUGGCCCGUGCCGUCGCCAACGAAACCGGUGCCUUCUUCUUCCUGAUCAACGGCCCCGAGAUCAUGUCCAAGAUGGCUGGUGAAUCCGAAUCCAACCUUCGCAAGGCUUUUGAGGAAGCAGAAAAGAACUCCCCCGCCAUUAUCUUCAUCGAUGAAAUCGAUUCCAUCGCUCCCAAGCGUGAGAAGACCAACGGAGAGGUCGAGCGUCGUGUCGUCUCUCAGCUCCUGACCCUGAUGGAUGGCAUGAAGGCCCGUUCCAAUGUUGUCGUCAUGGCUGCCACCAACCGCCCCAACUCGAUCGACCCUGCUCUCCGUCGUUUCGGUCGUUUCGAUCGUGAGGUCGACAUUGGUAUUCCUGACCCUACUGGUCGUCUGGAGAUUCUCCAGAUCCACACAAAGAACAUGAAGCUCGGUGGUGAUGUCGACCUGGAGACUAUCGCUGCCGAGACUCACGGUUACGUGGGUUCCGAUCUGGCCUCCCUCUGCUCUGAGGCUGCUAUGCAGCAGAUCCGUGAGAAGAUGGAUCUUAUCGAUCUUGAUGAGGACACAAUUGAUGCAGAGGUUCUUGACUCCCUUGGCGUGACCAUGGAGAACUUCCGCUACGCCCUCGGCGUCUCCAAUCCUUCUGCUCUCCGCGAGGUUGCUGUUGUGGAGGUUCCCAACGUCCGGUGGGAGGAUAUUGGUGGUCUGGAAGAGGUCAAGCGCGAACUUAUCGAGAGCGUCCAGUACCCUGUGGACCACCCCGAGAAAUUCCAGAAGUUCGGCCUCUCGCCCUCUCGUGGUGUGUUGUUCUAUGGUCCUCCUGGUACUGGUAAGACCAUGCUUGCCAAGGCGGUGGCGAACGAGUGUGCUGCCAACUUCAUUUCCGUCAAGGGCCCCGAGCUGCUAAGUAUGUGGUUCGGUGAGUCUGAGAGCAACAUCCGUGACAUUUUCGACAAGGCUCGUGCUGCUGCUCCCUGCGUUGUCUUCCUCGACGAGUUGGACUCUAUCGCCAAGUCCCGUGGUGGUUCCGUCGGCGAUGCCGGUGGUGCUUCUGACCGUGUUGUCAACCAGCUCCUGACUGAGAUGGACGGUAUGACUUCCAAGAAGAAUGUCUUUGUCAUUGGCGCCACCAACAGACCCGAGCAGCUCGAUGCCGCCCUCGUACGUCCGGGACGUCUCGAUACUCUGGUUUACGUUCCUCUGCCCGACCAGGCCUCCCGUGAGGGCAUUCUCAAGGCCCAGCUCCGCAAGACGCCUGUCGCCCCCGAUGUCGACAUUCCCUUCAUUGCCAGCAAGACCCACGGUUUCUCCGGUGCCGAUCUUGGAUUUGUCACCCAGCGUGCUGUCAAGCUUGCUAUCAAGGAAUCUAUCUCCGCCGAGAUUGAGCGCCAGAAGCAGCGCGCGGCCGGUGGUGAGGACGUCAAGAUGGAGGAUGAGGAAGAGGAUGAGGAAGAUCCCGUCCCUGAGCUUACCCGUGCUCACUUUGAAGAGGCCAUGAAGUCUGCGCGACGAUCCGUCAGCGACGUCGAGAUCCGCCGCUAUGAGGCCUUUGCCCAGAGCCUGAAGAACUCUGGUGGCAGCAGCUUCUUCCGCUUCCCGUCUGCGGGUGAGGUGGCGGAUAAUGCCAACCCAUUUGGUGAAGCCGGUAAUGACGACAGCCUCUAUGACUAA